AUGUGGCUGUGCACACAUGGGCGUGGUGUUUGGGUUCCCAAGGACAUUUGCCAGUCAGUGCUGGCUGAGUGUCGGCAUUUCUUGGUGGAGCCUGUUGAGAAGAGUGUAUACUCUGUUUCCAUGGAGGGCCUUUCUCUCAGUAUCUUCCGUCUGCUCCUUGCAGGCCCAGUCGGUUUACACAACAUUGGACAGACAUGCUGUCUUAACUCCCUGAUCCAGGUGCUUGUUAGAAACGUGGGAUUUGCCAAGAUACUGAAGAGGAUAACAGUGCCAGGUGGAGCUGAGGAGCGGAGGAGGAGUGUCCCCUUCCAGCUGCUGUUGCUGCUGGAGAAGAUGCAGGACGGCCGGCAGAAGGCGGUUCAGCCCAAGGAGCUGGCCUACUGUCUGCAGAAGUACAACAUUCCAUUGUUUGUCCAGCACGACGCUGCCCAGCUCUACCUCACAGUCUGGAACCUGAUCAAGGACCAAAUCACAGAUGUGGACUUGGUCGAGAGGCUGGAAGCCCUCUACACCAUCCGCGUGAAGGAGUCCUUGGCCUGUCUUGAAUGUGCCUCGAAGGUGGACAGAAACAGCAGCAUGCUGGCCCUCCCUCUGUCUGUCUUUGACAUGGACUCGAAGCCCCUGAAAACACUGGAGGACGCCCUCCACUGUUUCUUCCAGCCCCAGGAGCUGUCCAGCGCGGACGAGUGCUUCUGUGGGAAGUGUGGCAGGAAGACUCGCCGGAAGCAGGUCUUGACGCUGACCCACCUGCCCCAAACACUGACCAUCCACCUCAUGCGAUUCUCCAUCAGAAACCUGCGGGCAGAAAAAAUCUGCCACUCAUUGUAUUUCCCCCAGAAUCUGGAUCUAACCAAGCUCCUUGAGACAGAGGGAGAGCCCUACAGUGCUGAGGAGCAGUGUGGAGGGUACUAUGAGCUCUUUGCUGUGAUCGCCCACGUGGGGAAUGCUGACUACGGUCACUACUGUGCCUACAUCCGGAGUUCUGAAAAUGGAGAAUGGUUCUGCUUCAACGAUUCCAAUGUUUGUUGGGUGUCCUGGGAAGACGUCCAGUGUACCUAUGGGAAUCGCAGCUACCGCUGGGGGGAGACUGCCUAUCUCCUGUUUUACAUGAAGACUGAGUCCUAA